AUGGUUAAAGGAAAAAAAUCAUUUGAAGAUUUGUGUACAGUAGACGAAGUAACGUAUGAUAAUUUCAGUUCAGCUUGCUUAGCAUUAGGGCUCAUUGAGGAUGAUUAUGAAUGGAGAAGGGCAUUAAAUGAUGGUGUUUUGUGGAAAAUGCCUCAAAGUAUUCCAAGUUUAUUUGUCAGAAUUCUAAUUCAUUGUCAACCAAUUAAUCCUCAAGAUUUGUGGAAUGAAUUUAAAGACAAAUUUUCUGAGGAUUACAGGAGAAUUCAUGAUAUUUUUGAAAGUCACAGUAGAGCUUAUUUUAAUAUCAAGUCUUUAUUAAUUGAAGAAGGUCAUAGUUUAGAAAAUUUUGCACGUUUUUAUGAACUUCAAAAAGAUUAUAUGCAAAUUCAAUUACAAGGUAACAAUAUCAAUUGUGAUAAUGAUAAUCUUCAGGGAAAUGAAAAAUAUGAACAAUUAAAUAAUAAGCAGAAGGAAAUUGUCGAUUAUGUUUUAAAUAUUUUUCAAAGUUCAACUGAAAUGCAGAGUAAAUGUUUGUAUAUCGAUGGACCUGGUGGUUGCGGUAAAACUUUUUUGUAUCAAACACUUUGGUAUUUGAUAAGAAGCAAAGGUGGUCGAGUUUGCAAUAUGGCUUUUACAGGAAUAGCUGCUACUUUACUUCCAAAUGCUCUUAUGUCACCUAAAUAUGCUUUAGAAAUAAUGGACAGGACUCUUAGAGAUAUUAUGAAAUCUAAUAUUCCAUUUGGUGGUAAAAUUGUAAUUUUAGGUGCUGACUUUAGACAAAUUCUGCCAAUUAAGGAACGGGGUAUUAGUAAUCCAGACAUUGUUAAUUACACAUAUGCCGAUAUUAUUCGAAAUAAAUGCUUCAAUGAGCUUUCAAAUUGUGCAGUAUUGUCCGCGAGAAAUAAAGAUGUAGAUGAUAUAAAUAAAAUGGUUGUUAAUUUGUUAGACAAAGAUGGAGAGAAAGUAUAUACAGGGGUAGAUAGUACUGACAAUUGCAAUAAUGACAAUAUUAAUGAUGUUAUUCUACCUGAAUAUUUGCUUACUGUUUCUUUAUGGGAGUAA